AUAUAUGUAAUGCAUAGAAACAUAGGUUAUACCACAGAGUUAUACUUUCGUGUUUACUUGUCCACUUUUUGCUGUGCAAAAAUGCAUAUGUGCAUAUGCACGCGUAUUUGUAAUUGAUGUUCGCACUUACGUGUGGUAUUUGACACAAGCAUAUACACCUAUACAUAUACGUGAUUGUGCAUAAAGUAAAAGUGACAAGUAGUGACGCGAUAUCAACCAAGAAAAACAAUAAUGGAGGCGUGUAAUGCCGUUGAACGUGAAGUUGACAAAAUUUUACUAAAAUUUGGUGUGGUAAACGAACAUGCAGAGACAGUAUUGCAAGAUUUGAUAAAUCAUAUUGAAUCUUUAAAAAAAGAAUUCGCAGAAGUACCACCUGAUCAUGAGUUAACACCAGUUCAGGUGCAAGUGUUGAAAGAUGCAAUGAAAAAGGUUUGCGAAACCGUUCAUCGUUUAACCACUGAACAUCGAGAAUUACACGGUUCUGUCUCAAAAGUGGGAAAAGCAAUAGACAGAAAUUUUACGGCUGAUUUUGCUAGUACCAGUAGAGAAGAUGUUUUCUCUGGUCCAGAAAAGACUCAUCUUUUAAAUCAAGUAAUUUGUCAACAUUUUUAUCGUCACGGAAUGUUGGACAUCGCAGCCGAAUUAGCAGCUGAAGCUGGGAUUAAAACGGACGAAGGAACGAAAGAACCAUUCACAGAAUUAAAUUACAUUCUGGAUUGUUUAAAACAAAGGAACCUUGAACCUGCGCUAGAAUGGGCUAAAAAACACCGGGAAGCACUUUUGGCACAAAAUUCUUCGCUCGAAUUUAAAUUGCACAGGUUACAUUUCAUAAGACUGAUUCAGCAAGGUCCUAGCAAACAAACGGAAGCAAUAGCAUACGCCCGACAAAAUCUCACGCACUACGUUGGUCGUCACGGGAAAGAAGUACAAGCAUUAAUGGGAACGCUACUCUAUUUGCCACACGGAAUACAAUCAUCCCCUUACAGUCAUCUAUUAGAUCCCACUUUGUGGCUCGAUAUUCACGAUGUGUUCACAAGAGAGGCGUGCACCUUAUUUGGUUUAAGCUUAGACAGUCCUCUCUCAGUGUGCAUAAACGCUGGCUGUACCGCGUUGCCGACACUUUUGAAUAUCAAGCAAGUAAUGCAACAAAGGCAAGUAAAUACCGUUUGGAAUGGAAAAGACGAAUUGCCGAUCGAAAUAGAUCUGGGGAAACAGGGUCGUUAUCAUUCUGUUUUCGCGUGUCCGAUUCUAAGGCAACAAAGCACAGAGAACAAUCCGCCGAUGAAAUUGGUUUGUGGUCACGUUAUUUCGAGGGACGCAUUAAAUAAGCUUACCAACGCAAACAAGAGAAACCGAUUUUUUUUCAGAUUGAAAUGUCCAUACUGUCCGGUUGAACAGAAUCCAGAGGAUGCUAGGCUUAUAUAUUUCUAGAUUAUUGUGAUAAGAACACGUUUGUUAAUCUCUUCGAAGAUAUCAUGCUUAAGUCACCGGAUUGAAUACACAGUUACGUCGAAUAUCAUAUUCCAUAAAUUCUCACGAUUAUUGUAAACUUUCAUUUUGCUUGUCAGACUGAUUUCGAUCGUUGUGUCCUCGAUACGUUUGAUAUUAUAUGCAGACACGUUCUAUCGUCCGAAAGCUAAGAAACCUUUGGCGACGACCGCAACGACAGUUUGUCGCUUCUUUCCCUUGGUUAUCUCAGAAUCUUUCGACGAGUGAAUACACCUACGUAAUUACGUAAGUUUCAAAUUAUUUGAGAAUGAAAUAUAUAUGUAUUUGUGUAUAUAUAUAUAUAUAUAUAUUUAUAUUCACGUAAUUGCGAGUACGAUGCAUAACAGCGAUAGUAUUAAGUAACAAGUUUUUGUAUAUAUCGUUAUUAAAUGUUAAUUAUCAUUAGAA